UCAGCUGAUCGCAGCAUGGCGACCUGUAGUACGUACGGCUCGUGGAAGUCUCCCAUCUCCAGCGCUCUGGUGGCGGAGAGCGGCAUCCGUCUGUCAGACGUACGGGUGGACAAGUCUGGGAAACACCCAGGUAAAUCAUCUUCGCAUUCUACAAGGGUGUACUGGUCGGAGCUGCGUCCAGCUGAAGGUGGUCGGUAUGUCGUGUGCUCGAAGGACGGCGACUCUCAGCCCACAGAGUGGACACCAGAGGGCUUCAACGCACGCACCCUGGUACACGAGUACGGCGGAGGAGCCAUGUUUGUACACGGUGGAGUGGUGUACUUCUCCAACUUCACGGACCAACGUCUGUACAGACAGACUUCUCCUGAUGCUGCUCCCGAGCCCAUCACUCCUGCUGACUCAGGCUGGAGGUUUGCAGAUGGAGAGUUCUGUGAGAAGCUGAACAUCAUCACAGCAGUACGUGAGGACCAUGGUGUUGUGAAGAGGGGCGAGGCCAAGGAAGCAGUCAACACUGUAGUGGCCAUUCACCCUGACACACAGGAGCAGUUUGUGUUGGCCUCAGGGUCAGACUUCUAUGCCUCACCUCGUGUCUCUCCUGAUGGCAAGAAGAUAUGCUGGACCCAGUGGAACCAUCCCAACAUGCCUUGGGACUCCACUGAGAUUUGGCAGGCUGACAUAAAACCUGAUGCGAGAGGUGUCAUGGAAGCACACAAGGUGUGUGGUGGAGAUGAUAUCAGCGUCAUGUAUCCACGAUGGUCUCCCAGUGGAGACCUGUACUACAUCAGCGAUGUCUCUGAUUGGUGGAACCUGUAUCAUGUGACCCCAUCGGGUGACCAUGUUGCCAUAGCACCCCAGGAGAAGGAGAUUGGAGGUCCACACUGGCAGUUUGGAAACACCCCUUAUGACUUUGAUGCUGACAAAGGAGUGAUCAUUACUUCCUAUGGCAUGGAACUUGGCUUCUAUGAGAUGGGGAGUGGGAAAUACCAAAAGAAUUUGGAGACUGGGUUCAAAACCCAUGGCUGUCUGGUGAUGGGUGGGAAGGGAUGUGCCUACUGCAUAGCCAGCAGCCCAACACGGUUCCCCUGUGUCAUCAGGGUCAACUAUGCCACAUCUAAGACUGACAUCAUGAAAAAUUCGAAGGAGGUCCCUGUGGACACAGGGUACGUGAGCGUUCCAGAGCAGAUUACAUUUCCUACUGAGGGGGGAGAUGUGGCACAUGCCUACUUCUACCCACCCAACAACAAGGACUUCACAGCACCAGAGGGAACCCUCCCCCCGCUGCUGGUGCGAGCACAUGGAGGUCCGACAUCCGCCUGUUCCAGCACGCUGGACCUCAAGAUACAGUACUUCACCAGUCGUGGGGUGGGGUUGCUGGAUGUCAACUACAGGGGCAGCACAGGCUAUGGCAAGAUAUACAGGAACAAGCUCAGAAAGAACUGGGGUAUACAUGAUGUGCAUGACUGUUGCCAUGGAGCCCUGUAUCUGGCAGACAAGGGCAGGGUGGACAAAAAGAGACUGGCUAUUGAUGGAGGGUCAGCAGGAGGCUACACCACAAAUGCAGCCCUGGUCUUCAGGAAUGACUUCCAUGCUGGUGUAAGCCAUUAUGGGGUUGGUGACUUAGAGGCCUUGGCAAAGGAUACUCACAAGUUUGAGAGCAGGUAUUUGGACACGAUUGUUGGUCCAUAUCCUGAUAUGGAGAGCAUAUACAAGGAACGUUCUCCCAUCAACCAUGUGGACCAGCUGAGCUGUCCCAUUGCAUUGUUCCAAGGAGGGGAGGACAAGAUUGUGCCUCCUAACCAGGCAGAGAUGAUGUUUGAAGCAGUCAAGAACAAGGGGCUGCCUUGUGCCUUUGUACUCUUCCCUGAUGAGCAGCAUGGGUUCAGGAAGGCAGAAAACAUCAGGAAGGCUCUGGAUGGAGAGUUCUACUUCCUGGGCAGGGUGUUUGGCUAUGAACCGGCUGACAAGGGUGGAGAGAUUGCAGUUGAGAACAUGGAUUAGCUGCAAAGGAAGUGUGUGCAGCAAACCUCCAAGUGGAAAAUUCCCAAGGCCACAUGAUUCAGAAGAAUUAGAUGUAACUGGAGUCGGAGUGUGACUCCAAUGUAAUGAUGACCCAAGAGGUGCCUGAAUGACUGAUGAUGUAUGUGAUUGUAACAAUGAUCAUAGCUUUUCAACAGUGCACUUGGUAGGGCUUUUAUGAAAUCGUCCACUUGUGUUUGGAGUUACAGAUGAUUUAUUGCAUAUACAUGGAUACAACAUAAAUGUAGAUCUAAACAAAUAUGAGCUGCAGACAAAAUUUACUUGUUUGAAGUAGUCAUUCUACGUCUCUAGUCUUUGAUGGCUAUAGCAGAACAGUGCUCGUCCUAUCUGUAAAGUACAACUCCCUUGUUAUCCUAUUCAGAAACGUGAUGUGCUGCUGCGAGCUGGGGGUGGGGGUGGAGGCUGCUGGUGUCUGGGGGGCUGGGGUGCAUUGGGGUCAAAAGACCUCACCAGCAGGGUCAUUUUGGGGCCAGUUUUCCAGGACAGGCCUGAGGUGUCUAUGACAGAAGCCUCAGCACACACGGUGUGGUUCCCUGGGAAAGGGAAGUGGAGAAGGAACUGCGCACUGAAGUAAUCGUUGUGUGGUUCCACCAGCUCCUGAAGCUCAUUGUUCAGGUUGUCCACUCGGACCUGGAAGAGUACAUGGCAAUGUUGAGUUACACACAAAAAUAUAAUCAACUUUAGUACAUUACUGCCUUACUCCUUACCACUUGAGGUAUUGAAUAAAUGCAACAUGAGACUCUUA